GAAAUAAAUGGAAAGUUUUACUGUAGAGGUCCUUGAAGGCUGCUUUGCUAGUACAUAAUGAUCAGUUUGGAUGAUUCCUUCAACCAAAACAACAGCUACAUACAUGGGUCAUAAGCGCAGCCUUCUUGGCCUUCUGCUUCUUCUGUUGUGGUCAUGCCUAGACAGCAUUGGACUUGAUUUGGUGGAAGGAAGAUGCAGGCACAUAGAAAGAGAAGCGCUUCUUGCAUUCAAGGAAGGUCUCACUGAUCCCUCUGGUAGGCUUUCUUCCUGGAUUGGACCAGAUUGCUGCAAAUGGGCAGGUGUUGGCUGUGACAACCGAACCAGUCAUGUUAUCAUCCUCAAUCUUAGAAAUCCAUAUCCAGAAAGUGAUGACUCUUCCGUCCUCAAAAAACAUGCUUUAGGUGGCACCAUAACUCCUUCUCUUCAAUACUUGAAGCAUCUUGGUUACUUGGAUAUGAGUCAUAAUGAUUUUGGAGGGAUUCGGAUUCCCAACUUCUUUGGCAUGCUUCAUAAUUUGGAGUAUCUUAAUCUCUCCUUUGCAUCCUUUGGUGGACAGAUUCCAUCAUCUCUUGCAAACUUGUCAAGCUUGCAGUAUCUUGAUGUUGCACAAUAUUGGGAAGAUAUACAUGUCAGAGAUCUGCACUGGCUGGCAGGUCUCUCUUCUUUGAGAUACCUAAAUCUUGGAGGGGUGAAUCUCAGUGCCACGGGAGAACGUUGGAUUCAAGCAAUCAAUAAACUUCCUUCUUUGUUGGAGUUGAAUUUGUCUAGUUGUCAACUUGCUCACCUCCCUCCCACACUUCCCUUCCUCAACUUUACUUCUCUUUUGGCAAUCGACAUGUCAGCCAAUAAUUUCAACUCUACCUUGCCAAAUUGGUUAUACAACCUUACCAAGCUUCAACAUCUUGAUCUGCAUUUGAAUGCAUUCAAUGGUGUUGAUCUCAUUCACAAACAGCUAGGGAACCUCUGCAACUUAAAAAUUCUGGACCUUUCAGACAACAAUUUUCAUGGCGAGAUCAAAUAUUUGUUGGGUGAUUUUCAAGGCUGUUCAAAGACCAGCUUAAUUUGGCUACAAUUGUCAUACAACAAAUUUGUAGGAUCUUUGCCAAAUUCCUUAGGUGAUCUCAAGAAUCUGCAAUAUUUUGAUGUCUCCAACAACAACCUGACAGGAUCUUUACCAAAUUCACUAGCAACACUCAAACACUUGCAACAUCUUAAUCUCUCCUCAAACUCUUUUUCAGGUUCUAUUCCAGAAUCCAUAGGGAACUUGUCAUCAUUGAGGAUGCUGGAUCUCUCUGACAAUAUCAUGAAUGGGACAAUUCCUGAAAGUUUUGGCCAACUCUUAGCACUAGUUGAGGUAAGACUCAAUUCUCCUCGGAAUCUUGAUCCUAAAUAUAAUUCAUGGAGUGGUGUUUUUACUGAAGCCCACUUGAUCAAUCUUACAAGCCUAGAAAACAUCAUACUUACAGUAGUUUCCUCGAGUUCUCUAGUUUUUAAUGUAAGUAAUGACUGGGUUCCACCAUUCAUGCUGAAAGAGAUUCACAUUGAAAACUGUUUGUUAAGCAAGUUUCCUGCAUGGCUCAAGUCUCAAAGUGAACUUACUCAUGUUCUUUUGAGGAAUGCUGGAAUUUCUGACACCAUACCAGACCCUUGGUUCUCCACUCAGAUUAAGCAAUUGGAUCUAUCCAAUAACAAGAUCAAGGGAAGGUUGCCGAGGACACUGGCAUCUCAAAAUCUAUCCUCCAUUGAUUUGAGUUCAAAUUUGUUUGAAGGUCAAAUCCCAUUGUGGUCCACCGAUGCAAAGAUGUUAUAUCUUCAUGACAAUUUGUUUUCCGGACCUAUUCCUGAAAACAUUGGUGAGCAUAUGCCUGGAUUGAUUGAGUUAGUUAUUUCAGGGAAUCGUCUUCAGGGUAGCAUCCCAUCAUCUCUCUGCAAAAUGAAGUAUCUAGAAAUUCUUUCCUUGGGAAGCAACAGGCUCUCCGGAGAACUUCCUGAUUGUUGGGAUCAAAGUCAAACUUUUAAAGUUCUGGAUGUAGUUAACAACAGUAUAUCAGGCAGAAUCCCAAGGUCUAUAUGCUUCUUAAGAGGCCUCCAGUUCUUACUCUUGAGCAAGAACAAUUUUCAUGGGAAAAUUCCUACUUGCUUGCAAAAUUGUUCUGGUUUGCGGAGCCUUGAUCUUGCGGAAAAUAGAUUUUCUGGAAAACUACCUCCAUCAAUUGGACCAAACCUAAAAAUCCUACGUGUGGGGUCCAACUCUAUAACUGGGAAAAUUCCCCCAGAAUUGUGCAUUAUGAAAUGUGUUCACAUUUUAGAUCUUUCAAACAACAGUUUUUCUGGGGUUAUUCCCAACUGUGUUAAUAACUUGACAAUGUUGGUCAUUGGGAAUACUUGUCCAUUGUCCAUCAAUCCCUUCAGCAAGUUCAAGCAGCAGGCCACCAUAAUGACCAAAGGCACAAAACUCGACUAUAGGGGCAGGACUCUUGAAUAUGUUAACAACAUUGAUCUUUCAAGGAAUAAUCUUACAGGGAGAAUUCCUGAAGAGAUAACUACAAUAGCUGCAUUGGGCAUCCUGAAUUUGUCCAUGAAUCAUCUUAGUGGAAGCAUCCCCGACACGAUUGGCAAUAUGCGAUGGCUAGAGUCACUUGACUUGUCUCAAAAUCAACUUUCUGGUCGAAUCCCUGCAAGUUUGUCUUCUUUGACUUCCUUGAGUUAUUUGAACUUGUCUUACAAUAACUUGACAGGAAAAAUUCCCUCUGGAAAUCAACUUGAGACUCUGAACAAUCCAUCCAUCUAUGAGGGCAAUCCCCUGCUUUGUGGCUUUCCCCUUACCAAGUGUCCCGAAGAUUCUACUUCCAUUGGAUCAACUUCUUCUGACAACGGUAACAAAGACUAUGACAAAAUAUGGUUAGCCGUUAGCAUUAUCACUGGAUUUCUUGUUGGUUUUUGGGGUGUUUGUGGCAGUUUAGCAUUAAAAGAGUCAUGGAGGCAUGCGUUCUUUGGAUAUGUCAACCAAAUAAACGAGAAGAUACUAUUUUGGAUUGAACUAAAGGUGGCUCGCUACAAAAGGAGGCAUGAGGAGCCAAAUAAUAUAAGGUAUUAGAAAACUGUAGUAUUUUUAGGCUGCUUGUUUAGCUUAGUAAAUAAGACACCUUUGAAUUCAGUGUCCUUUAUGGCUUUGCCUCUAUUUUCCUUAGUAAUUUCAUGCAUUUGUAAAUUCGCUUUAUUAGUACUUUUGUUAAUGUAAUUUAAAUAUUGUAUCUAUUCAGUUCAUGAGAACUCAAUCAAUGAUAAUUUAUAAA